UGGUUUUUUUAAAUGUUAUUGAUUUUUAUUGAUAUGUCCAACAGAUCCCCGGCCUGUUUGAUGUGGAAUGUGUUGGUGCCCAGCUCAGGCACUCGGGGAUUAUGGAGGCAAUCCAUAUUAGAAAGGAAGGAUAUCCAAUCAGAAUUCCACUCUCUGACUUUACCUACAGGUACGGCAUGUUACUGGACCGGGAGAAGGGGCGUUCCUCAGACAGUGAACUCUGCUCCUCAAUUUUAAGGAAGAUCACAAAGGAGACUUCAGGAUCCUACCAGCUAGGAGUCACCAAGGUGUUUUUGAAGAAAGACGUUUACGAUCAAUUGGAGAGCUAUUGGGCAAAGAUGCAGAACUGGGCAGCGCUCACCAUUCAGAGGAAUAUCCGUGGCUUCAUCAAGAGGAGGAACUUCCAGGUCUUCAGGCAGAAGAUUGUCAUUGCCCAGUCUCAUAUCAGGGGACACCAGGCCAGGUCAGACUCUUGUGCACUAUCCCAGCACCUUGCACCUACAGAAUGUACCAUUGCAUUGUGAGCAGUGACACUCACAGACAAGAAGAAAAUGGUCCCUUUCAUCAGUGGCUUUAUACUCUUGGUCUUAUCCCAGUAGCCCAAUAGAUUCUAUCAUGGGAAGCCCAGCUCUGGAGUGAACUGACAGACUUGGUCUUCUGGAACUCAGCGGGCACAAAAUGUCUGAGUUUGUUGCAUAUGUGGAGUUCCUGAAUUAUUGCCCUUUAUAUGAUGAAUUGCAGAGGGCUCUGCACCUAUGAUGCUGGGGCAGCCAUACAAAGGAACACUAGGAGCCAGAAGAGGGUGUCUCUGGGUCACCAGCUGCUCACAGUUCGAUAAGCUCAGUCCAAGUACACCUCACCUCUCAUCAUUACCCAAUUCCGAGCUAGCUAUCACCACGCCUGCACCACACCCUACUGUGUCACACAAAAUGUGUGUGGCUCCUAAAAGAACAACAGUCAUAAAUUAUUGAGUGAUCCAUUCAAUUCAUUGCAAGGGUGAAUGACAAGGCUUGUUACUAAGGGGCUUGCUAUGGGAACCGAGGUGAGCAAUGCAGACUGCAUUCCAUUUGAAACUUCGCCUGUUAGAUGCUACAGCCUGAAGUAACCAAAAGACUACCUUGAGGAAGUUUUGUGCAUUACAUUAGGACUGAGUGUGCAUGUGUGUAGGAGGAGGCAUGUUCACUGUACUGUUCUCUAAUAGCAUGCACCAACUUUCACAAACAGGACUCGGUACAAGAGGUUGAAGAGAGCCUUGGUGCAGUUUGGGGCUGCUGUGGUGAUCUCACACGCUGUUGUUCACAGGAGACGCAAUCAGGUUUGAAAAUAAUGAAGACGUAACACUGCCUCAUCACCCUGUAUCCCUCCUCUCCCUUGCUUCCUUCUCCACUC